CUGAUAUAUUUAUUUUUCAUAUGGGUAUUUUAGGAUCAGUUGGAAGGAUUGGGGUGGGUACCUUUUCCAAUAGGAUGCCUACCUCUGCCCCAUCAGACCCUUUCCUGCAAGAAGUGACAGAACUGAAACCAGACAGAACAUGUUGAAUAAAUAUUAAAAUACUAACUUGUGGUAAAACAAAGGAUCACAACGCUCAGUUUUCCGACAUAGAACUGAACUCUCAGGUUUUAUUUCUUCUCUCUCUCUCUCUCUCUCUCUCUCUCUCUCUCUCUCUCUCUCUCUCUCUCUUUUUUUUCUGAGACAAGGUUUCUCUGUUUAACAGCCCUAGCUGUACUGGAACUCACUACUCACUUUGUAGACCAGACUGGCCUUGACCUCAGAGACCGCCUCUGCCUCAGAGCGCUGGGAUUAAAGGCGUGCACCACCACGCCCAGCCUCACUUUUUUUCUCCUUUAAACCCUCCCUUUGCCAGAUUUGAGGAGGGAGUGGGAAUGCCCUGCCCUGGGAGGAGAAAACCCGAGACAGGGUUUUCCCGUGUAGCCCUAGCUGUCCUGGAACUCACUCUGUUACCAGGCUGACCUUGAACUGAGAUCCACUUGCCUCUGUCUCCUGAACGCUGGGAUUAAAGGCGUGCAGCACCAGCGCCCAGCUGACCCUUUUCCUUUAAAACCCUAGGCCGGCCCAGAUUUCCCAGAGACCGUAGAGGUGGCUCCAGACUCCUCCCUCCUUGUCUUCCGGUUCUGGGUGCGCUCAGUAGCGUUUAAAUUUCGCGCGCUUAAUACGGAUUGGCCACUCGCACGGGUGAUUAGCCUCCUGCUCGCGGCUACUCCGCCUUGCUUUCUUCCCCGGGUAAAAGGUUUUCAAAUUGGACCAAUCGCUGGGCGAGCUCUCUCCGCCUAGGCGCGUCACCGAAGGGUUAAUUGUAACCAACCAGAGGCCGGUGUGAAGGAAAAGAGCCAAUCAGGCGGGCGCGGGGGCGUGUCCAGUGAGUUUAUAAGGGCGAGCUCGCCCGCGCGCGGCGACAGUUGACUGCGGCGGUUGGCAGUUGGUCUGCUUCGUCGGCGUUCGCUCUUUCUCUCUCUCUGCCCUUCUACCUCGUACACGAUGUCGGGUCGCGGCAAGACCGGAGGCAAGGCCCGCGCCAAGGCCAAGUCGCGCUCAUCGCGCGCCGGCCUGCAGUUCCCGGUAGGCCGCGUGCACCGGCUGCUGCGGAAGGGCCACUAUGCCGAGCGCGUGGGCGCAGGCGCCCCGGUCUACCUGGCGGCCGUGCUCGAGUACCUGACGGCCGAGAUCCUGGAGCUGGCGGGCAACGCGGCCCGGGACAACAAGAAGACGCGCAUCAUCCCGCGCCACCUGCAGCUGGCCAUCCGCAACGACGAGGAGCUCAACAAGCUCCUGGGCGGCGUGACGAUCGCGCAGGGCGGCGUCCUGCCCAACAUCCAGGCCGUGCUGCUGCCCAAGAAGACCAGCGCCACCGUGGGGCCCAAGGCGCCGGCGGGCGGCAAGAAGGCCACCCAGGCCUCGCAGGAGUACUAAGGGAGCCGCGCCGUGGCCGCCCAGCCCUCCCCACACCUCCACAAAGGCCCUUUUCAGGGCCACCACUUCCCUCACAGAAAGAGCUGAGCCACUUAGGGCCGCGGGCCGGGCCGCCUCGUCCCCGUUCUCUCCCCUGUUUCUUCUGCCCUCGCGCGUUUCUGCCUCCCUUUGCCCCUGCACGGCCUCCGGGUCAGCCACGGAGGACGCGGGCGCCGCCGCACCUGCCCAUCCAUCCCGGAGCUUCGCCGAUCUCCGCCUUCGAUGGGCCGCGCGGAGAGGCUGCGACACCUUCCAGAAGUCUCGUCUUUUUGCUGUGACGUACGGCCGAGGUGGGCCUGAAGGUGAGUCCCUCCGCAGCUGCAACCUGGGCGUCUUUUCUUCAGCUUGGUGCUUAGCCCUCGCCUGGACCUUCCCCAAGUGACUUGAUUACCAGGCUUUGGUGAAGAAGAGAAGUGGAUCAUAUGGUUUGGUCCUGUAUAUCCCCCUUGCUGGCCUCUCAAACCAGUUUCCCCCAUCUUCAUUCAUUAGGCCGGUGUGUGGUGUGGCCGGGACAAAAAUCACUGUAUUACGAACCGAUUUUCCCCAGGAUGCCUCCUGGAAAGGGUUUGGGAGAAGCUUACAGGCCUGUGGACAGAAGAGCUGUGUUCCUGCCGCAGGAGACUGGCAGCCGGGCCUCGCCAUCCCUUUUUCUCCCCAGCGACUCAACUCAACCCAAACACCUAGAUACCAGCACAAGUCGGUGAAUCCCUCUCUGGACUGAGCCUCUGUUGGCUUCUGAACUGGAAUUUUGCAGCUAUCCCAAGUUUAGAACCUUAGGUAGUGGGGAGUUUCGAUGGGCUAAUUUUAUUAAAGGAUUGUUUGGUUUUUUAAAAAUGGA